GAGCUCCGGGUAAAUAUCUCCACAGUCGGAGAGCGAGCGGAUCAGCGCAGCAGUCGCUGUGGAUCAGCAGGGGACCGGUUGUAUUUAUUUCACCCCGCGGUCCGAUCUCGGAACCCGGCGCUGGGACCGGUGUUGCGGUGGGGACGGAGCCAGGGUGGGACCGGUACUUCCGUUGCUGUGGAGAGGAGCCCAACAAUGGCCUGGAAGGCGCCAGACCUCAUUUACACGUUAACACCAGGUUUUCGCUGAGUGAGGCUUGCCUGUGAACGUGGAGCAAAUUCACAGUUAAUGCUGUGUGCAGAACUCCAUAUUAAAACAGUUCUUUUUGGUACUGGAGAUCGAGUGGUAGAAAUGGAAGAUGCGGAAGUUGAAAAUCUUGCCAUAUCUAUUUCAUCAGAUGUUGAUGCUGAGUUUGAUGCAGUCAUUGGGCACAUAGAAGAUAUUAUUAUGGAUGAAGAAUUUCAGGUGCUGCAGCGACAUUUUAUGGACAAAUACUACUUAGAGUUUGAGAAUACUGAAGAAAACAAGCUCAGUUACACUUCAAUUUUCCAAGAAUAUGUUGAUUUGUUAGAGAAGUACAUCGAGCAGCAGUUAAUAGAGAGGAUACCAACCUUCAAUAUGGCUACAUUUAUUACAUCAUUACAGCAACAUAAAGAUGAGAUAUCUGGAGACAUAUUUGACAUGUUGCUGACUUUCACAGAUUUCCUGGCUUUCAAAGAAAUGUUCCUUGACUACAGAAUGGAGAAAGAAGGGCACGGCCUUGACUUUAGUGGCGAUCUCAUAGUGACGUCCUUAUCAAAAUCCUCAUCGUUGUCUCCAGCUUCAAAUAAUAUUCGACCUUUCCAAUAGUUUAACUGAUUGUCUGUGAAGUUCUGCAUUUAUUCCUGUACAGUUACAUAUUCCAGCCACGAUGAAACAGGCAUUUUGAUAUGUUAUAGUGUUCUCUAGGGAAGGUUGUACAGGCACAUUCUAAAACUCAGAAGUCUUCAACACUUUCAGGAUCCAAUUUAUCCAAAAAUUCAAGGCAACGUAGGAUAUAGUCCGCCUAAUAUCCUUUUUAGAUCCAGAUGCUAUAGUGAUAAUUCCCUUUCAGAUUUUGCAGACUGCCUCUUUAUUCUGGGACUCAAAGUUGCAAUUUUCUAGAUUUCUUGGGAGCUGUAUAAACAUUGUAACUGGAGGCAGACGCCAUUGUCUUUUAGGAAAGAAAGGAAAUUGAUGACCUUUCAGGUCAAGGCCAAGUCCACUCUCAGUCCUGAUGAGAGUCAAAUUCUACAAUUCCUUGCCCCCCACCCGCUGAGUUCCUCCAGUGAAUUGUUUGCUCCAUGUUUCCAGCAUUUGCCUUUUAGGAAAAUUAACUAUGGUCUUCAUUGAAUAUUAGCCUGUUGACUUGAAUGUAGCUACCCCACCCAUAAACAAUUUUUGGCACCCUCUUCAUAUUUCAUCAUGACACAAGAGGCCAGUCAACCCAGAGUCCAUUUCUAGCUCCUGGGGGAGGCAAUCCCAUUAGUCCCAUGCCCCUUCUCCUUAAUUCCCUUUCACCCUGCAAAUUAUUUUCUUUGUCACACUGCCCAUCAAUUCCUUUGUCAUUUAUUCUACACUAUGGAGCAAUUAACCUACCAACCCAUCUUUGGGGUGUGGAAGGAAAUUGGAGCAACCAAAGGAAACCCACACAGCCACAAAGGGAAAUGUGCAAACUCUGCACAGACGGCACCAAGAUUAGCGUUGAAUGCGGCUCCCUAAAGCUGCACCAACUGCUGUGACACUCUUUCAUCUUGCAAAAUGAUUCAAUAAAUGCAAAAUGGAGUCUUCGUCCCUGAGCUGAUUUAAACCUGGGCAACAUUGAAUCAGGUUUUAGUAUCUUUGAUGUUUAAAUUUAAAUUGUACUUUAGUUCGUUGUAGCUAUUCUAACAUUUCCUGAACUGAAACCAAGACUUUGAGAGAAUUGAAUUAACACAAUGCAUUUGGGCAUAGUCUUAAUAACAACAUGCACCACAACCAAUAUAAUCUCAAAUUAAACAUCCAUGGUUUUUGACAUCUUAAUUAGAGAAUACCAUUACAUUUUGAUUUGCUUGAGAAACAUAUUUUGUGAGAUAUCAGUUUAGGCAGAUACUAUUCUUUUACUGCUUAAUCCCUAUUCAUUUGACUGGUUAAUUGGCUGGUACUAUUGACUUUUUUAAAAAUCCAGUUAAUGGAUGCAAGCUCAGCCCUUUCGUGUUACUACAGUUCAUCUGUAAGAAUGAAGAUCUUGUUGAAGAGUACAGAGUAUUAUGGCUUUCUUAAUACAUGAAAAGUGAAUUUGUCAGUUUAGCUCUUGUUUCAUUGUGGGUUAAGAAUGUAUGCUUACUUUAUAUUUUUCAUAUUUGUACAUAUUUUUAUUC